CGUGAAGAAGAAGAAAAGCGUCACCGUUCAAAACAAUACUUUAAGUUCCGCCUGUCCGUCUGCCGCCGUGUCCUUAUGAAGAUGUCUCGAAAUACUCCCGACAAAGACGACCAAACGUCAACUAACAAAAAAACCAUCUCCCUCCCAAUCUCCAGAGUGAGGUUGAUAAUGAAAAGCUCCCCCGAUGUCUCCAGCAUCAACCAGGACGCCCUGUUUCUCACCACCAAGGCUACAGAGCUGUUUGUCCAGUACCUGGCUCUGGCUUCAUUCAACAACAGCUCCGGGAAAGAAACCAACUCUCUGUCAUACAGCAACCUGGCUACUACCGCAGAGGAGACGGAGACUUUCCAGUUCCUGUCAGAUAUCUUGCCAAAGAAGAUCUUGGCUCGAGAUUACCUUAAGUCUUUGGAGGAAAUGCAAGAAGACGAUGCUGACUUUUAAAAGGAACAAUGGCUGCAUUUCACGUCUGGACAUGAUGUUAGCAAAUGUGCACGUCCUGUCAUUGAUUUAGAGCACUGCAAUGACAGUGUUCAGCUGUAGGGCUCAUGGAAGACGUUAAUGGACAUGGAACUGAAAGUAAAGCCACAUAGGGGAAAUGUCUCAGACUCAGAUCACCUUCAAACACACAAACACACAGAGGAACAUACAAGUUUUACUGUACGUCUAAUACUUGAUGCCAUACAUCUCAAAUACGCUGUAGAUAAAGCAUAAUGCAAUCACUCCUCAGAUUUUGAACAUUAAGAUUUUGAAACGAUUUUCCUCGACCAUCGUGAAGGUUUUCUGGUAGCAAGGCCUUUAUACAUGUUUGUGCUUGUUUUGCAUGUACAACAAUCACCAGGAGUAAAUUGGUAUUUCUAAUCAACUUGCAUCCUGUAUGAGCUCACUCCAUGUAACAGACCAACACAUAAUGGGAAUCCAUUCCGCACAGCUGGUGCACAGUUAUUAUUUAAAAUAUUAUUGGGUGACUUUAGUUUAUAGAUGCUGUCAAACAUUGAUUUCAAAGUGAAAUAUGCUGAUGUUACUGAUUCUAAGUUAUACAUGAUAGUUUUUUAAAGUUCUUGUCAUGUUUUAGUCAUGAUUAGUUUAUCAUAAAUACAAAUACUGCUUUUUUUUUCCAGCGUCAAAGCAACUGAACAUGUUGCGUCUUUUCCAAAUAUAAAUUCAGACUUGGCCUAAUAGAUGUGAAUAUUUAAAGUGUAUAUAACAGCUGACAAUGCAUCAUACUUGUGCAUUUACAAAUUAAUUGUUUAGAUUUGAUAUUAAAAUAAAGAUUCAUGCUGUCU